AUGACUGCCACUCAAAACACCCCGGGCCAGAUGUCUCAGGAGCAAAGAGACAAGUUGAAGCAACUUUGGAGCUUAGUCCUAGAGCUACUGGAUCCUAUGCACAACCGCAACAGUAACCUCGAGACCACUUAUUCAGCGUACACCCCCAAACUCGUAGAGUUCCUUCAUCAGAAGAUCGGCCGAUCCGAGCUCAAGACGCUCCGGAAUGAAGUCAACGAUCUCUCUCCGGAUACACUCUUUGUGUAUUUCUUGAACACAACAAGACAAGAGUCCCCCGAUCGCCUCCUGUUGCGGUUCCUGAAAGCCCGCAAAUGGGAUGUUGGCAAGUCAUUCGCGAUGUUGGUCCACGCGCUCGUAUGGCGAAACAAGCACCUCAGCGUUGACGAGACCGUGGUGGCCAAUACCGAGCUGAACGCCCUCAAAGAGUCCCGCGAUACGUCUGAUCCGCAGAAGGCGAAGAUGAGCCAUGCGUUCUUGGAGCAACUGCGCACCGGGAAAUGUUUUCUGCAUGGGACGGAUCGAGUCGGACGUCCUAUCAUUGUCCUUCAAGGCCGACUGCAUCGAUCGACGGAGAAGAAUGAGGUUUUGAAUCGAGGAAUCCUUCAUAUGAUUGAGGCUGCGCGACUGGUGCUUGUACCGCCAGUUGAGGGCGUGACUGUUAUAUUUGAUAUGACGGGCUUCUCUGUGUCUAAUAUGGAAUACGCAGCCGCAAAAUUCCUAAUCGAAUGCUCCCAAACUGGAUAUCCCGAAUUUCUAGGCGCCCUUCUUAUCCACAACGCACCAUGGGCUUUCUCCGGUAUCUGGAAAACCAUGAAGCGAUGGAUAGAACCAGAGACUGCAUCUCGCAUCCACUUCACAUACACGACGGCCGAAAUUGGGCAGUUCAUUGCUCCAGAGCGACUAAUUCAGGGGCUGAACGGCAAGGAGAACUGGUCAUUCGAGUUUGUCGAGCCCACUGAGGGUGAAAAUGCGAAGAUGGAAGAUACAGCCACUCGGGACGUUAUCUAUGCGGAACGGAGAAGCAUCGGGACCGAGUUACUGAACGCAACCUCUGAGUGGAUCGAGGCAAAGACUCAGGAGGAGAGAGAUAAGGCUAGUUCUCGAAGGGAAGAUGCGAUAGUGAACUUGCACCUGAAUUAUUGGACUUUGGAUCCCUAUGUCCGUGGACGAAACUUGUUGGACCGCACGGGGAUCAUUCAGGAAGGUGGGAAGAUCGACUUUUACCCUAACCCCAACUCAAACUCGCAGUAG